AGUCGUCGCAGCAAGUAACGAUCGGAAAGUUUGUCAGCGGGCUCCCUCGCAGCCGAAGCCAAAGGGAGCGCGAGUGCAUUAACACUAAUAAUCAAUAUAAAAGAGUAAAAAUUUCAAGUGCGCUAAUUGAAUAUUGAAACGCGUUUAACAUUUGUGUGUGUGUGCCGUGCGUGCGCGCGCUUACAUGUGUUUUGCUGUAACGGUUAAUUAUGCAAUUGGUCUGCGGCAAGUGAAAAGCCAAAAGCGCGGGGGCAACGCCGCAAUAAGUGAGAAAACUUAAAGCAACGGCAACGAAAAGUCAAAGCUAAAAUUCAAAAGCAACUGAAAUUUAAGACAGUUGCCAGCCAACAACAACAAACCCAACAACAACAACAAAAAAUGGCGGCUGCUGCGUCUACUACGAUGACUGCAGCGAACAUUUGCGUCAACUGCGCACGCCAGCGUCUCAGUCGACGCGGCGUCGGCGUUGGCGCAACCGCAGCCACUACUGGCAGCAAAGCCAUAUUGCAAAUUUACAGCGCCUGGGCGCUGCUCACUCUGCUGGCAGCGAGUGCCGCCAUUGUUCAAAGUGCAACGGUUUCUUUUGGUGAUUUGCUGUCGCUGCCCACGCUGAAGCCGCUCUGCAGCGCUCAGCACGAGCAUUUCAUUGAAAGCGAUGGCAAGGAAUCUAGUCUCAUCAUUGAACUCAAGCCGGGCAGCUAUGGCGCCCAGCAUGGCUCAUGCUCACGCAUCCUAAGCGCUCCAGCCGGCUACGGCUUCAUUGUGCGCCUCAUACUGCCCAAGCUGCGGCAUAGUCCACCCCCAACAGACAAUGACAGCAGAUAUGCCAGCUCCAGCUCCAGCUCGAUUAUGCACGCCGCUGCAGUCAAGUUGGAGCCAACUGCAGCUGAAGCCGCACUCACCGGCAUGUUGGAGCGCUCCAAUGCAACAGCAACAGCAACAGUCGGCGCCGCCGCUGCGUUGCUGCCACGCAGCUGCCCGCUAAAUAUUUUCAGCUCAUUGGAUCCGCAUACGGCGCAGUGGCGCUUGGAUCCCUGCCAGCUGGAGGACACUGCGUCUGAAAUGGAGGAUCCGGUGCGGCUGUUUCAUGGACGCGUGCGCAUUAUCUGGGAGCAUAAGCAACAUGCGCUGAAGUCCAAGCUGAUGGUCACAGUGCUGGGCAAGGGCGAGCAGUGCAAGGACGAGAGCAAGCAUCAGUGCUUGAGAAUUGGCGAUGAGCCCAUACUCUGCAUAUCCAAGGAGCUCGUCUGCGAUCGCAUACGCCAUUGUCCUUAUAGCAAUGAGUACGACAGCGAUGAGGACUACGAGCUCUGCCGCAAACAGCGACGCACUGGGCUUGGCGCGCUGCCUGCGCCACUCGACUCGGACAUCUUGGAGCAGUGGGCACUCGAAGUGUUUCGCAAUUUAUUUGCCAACGAUGCGCCCACAGCGCCGCCAAGCAACAGCAACAGCAGCGGCGACUCUGUGGGCAAUAACUCAACCACGCAGCUGCGCAAAGUGCACACCAAAGACAUGAAGAAGCCAAGCGGCGAGGCGGGCAGCGGCUCACCCAAUGCCAUUGGACCGCAGCAGCAGCAGCCAACAGCAGCAGCAGCUGAUAUGGAUGGCAAGUCGCAGGAUAAUGUCACCGCUGCCAUUGAGGCCGGCAGCAGCAGCACUGGCAGCGGCUUCACGCGUCGCAACUCCACGCGCCACGGUCUGCACUCGGAUCUGUCCAAAUAUGGGCCAUGGGGCUAUCUUAUGCUCGGCAUGCUGCUCUGCGGCGGUGCGCUGCUCAUCUGCGGCCUCUGGGCCUCCGCAUCGCAGCACGCCGUCAACAAUGAGCGCGAGGCAGCGCUGGCCGCCGCCAACGGAGCUGGCCUGGAUGCCGCCAAUGCCGCCUCACCGCCCAACUACGAGGAACUCGAUCCGCCGCCAGCCUACUCGGUGCUCUUUCCCAAUCAGAAAGCUGCCAGCAGCAACACGCUCAGCGCCCUGGAAGCGCCCAGCACCACAGCAGCAGCAGCAGCAGCUGCCGCCGCGGCCAUUGCAGCUGCAACAGCAACAGCCACAGAGGCAGCAACUGCUACUGUUGCUGCAACUCUAACAACAGCUGCUGAUCCAGCAACGAAUUAGCUCUUAGCCUGACAAGCAGGUCGCCACACAUCCUGGCGCAUCCUGGCAACGUAGUUUAGGUUUAGGUUCCAACUUCUUUGACUGACUCUGAUGCAAUUAGUUUUAGCAAAAUUCAAGCAAUUAACAAACAACAGCUUAGUGUUAGCUCUUAAGUAUAAUUUAGUCUGUAUGUUAAAUGCGUAACUAUGUUAACUGAUCCUCCCCCCCCAGAAAUAUCCCAAUUGUCUGACUCAUGCCAAGCAUGCCGGCGGGACAAAACCCUAAUAUGUUUUAAAUCCAAAACGAUUCCAUCCUAUAUAUGAUCAAGUGCUUGCAAAUAGCCUUUUUAUACUUACUUACUGCUUACUCUUCGAUCGAUUGAUUGUAAAAAUGACAAAAUUUCAAUUAAUGUAUUUCUCUCAAUAACAAACGACAAGUCGCAUCACUUUUUGUAUCUUUGUUAAUGUAAAAUUUAAUGUGAUAUAUAUUUAAAACA